AAGUAGAGGUGCCUCUCCAAUCAAUCUUUUAAAAAUUAAAGUAGACCCCCCUGGUGUGGGGUUGUCUCUAUAUUUUAUCAAGUAGAGUAGUGAUUUUUGAACAGGGAAUGGUAGAAAGAAUGGAUUUUGAUGAGUUAAGAGUUGGUAAUAUACCGUCAGUUAUGUAUGUUCCUGACUUCAUCUCCAGCACUGAAGAAACCCACCUCCUUAACAAUAUUUAUGGAGCUCCUGUAUCCAAAUGGAAGUCUUUGAAAAAUAGGAGAUUACAGAAUUGGGGUGGUGUUGUCCAUGAAAAGGGUCUUCUGCCUCAAGAUCUGCCUCCUUGGCUAACGAAUAUCACACAACGAAUACAUGAAAAAUUGGGGCUAUUUCCAUCCGCAAUUAAUCACAUUCUCAUCAAUGAAUACCUUCCAAACCAAGGAAUAAUGCCACAUCAGGAUGGACCCGCAUAUUUUCCAGUGGUAGCAAUACUGUCUCUUGGAUCACCUGUAGUGAUGGAUUUCACUCCCCAUUCAAAAUUUAGAUUAGACACAAGCGAAUUGAAGAACACUGUUGACACCAACAAUUCUAAUGAAGAAGUGUUUGACACUGAUCAGUGGAAGGAUAAUCACCAUCCUUUCUCGGUCUUAUUGAUGCCUCGGAGUUUAUUGAUCUUCAAGGACAAUGCAUACUUAGAUUACUUGCAUGGAAUUAAAGAUAAUGAUGUACAAGAAUGUGGUGGGGUUGUAAAUGUAAAUGAAAUUCAAGCAUUGAUGGCUCAUGAAGUUGGUUUGCCAUUAGAAAGCUCAGAAAAGGGUGUCGAAGUGAUGCGGGACAAAGAUGCCAAGAUUAUAACUAGAACUACAACAAGAGUUUCGUUAACAUGUCGGUUAGUUUUGAAGGUUCACAAAAAUCUGUUCAAGUUUUAGAAAUCUCUCAAAUAUACUUUGCUUUUGUAGUCAACAAGUUUAUAACUGAUUUGAGCAUUCACUUCAAAUAUUUCGCCAGGGCCUAUUAGUUAGUUACUUAGAAUAAAGAUGUAUUUGAACGAAAGUUGCAUAACUUCAUCUCUUAAACAUAAAGCAUAAGCACCAAUGGUAGCAGCAAA